UUCUACCACUUGCAGCAGGGCAGCUCCACAGUGGACGAGUAUAUUCGUACCUUCACCUGGAUGUGCCUAUUCGCGGGCGACUCAGUGAAUACCGAUGCCAAAAAGGCCCACAAGUUUCUUAAGGGGCUCAAUCAGAGGAUCCAUGAACUGGUGGGGAGUCACAGACUGAUGUCUUUCGCAGAUACUGUCAGUCGAGCUCAGAAGGUAAAGAGUUGUCUCAUCCCGAUAGCUCCGGUCCCUUCAUAUUAUCAUGCCUUCCUGCCUUCUCAGACCGUUGUUCAGCAUGCUCAGCCCAUCUCAUCCGUGCCGCCCGGCUCUAGUUCGGGCAAGAGGAAGGCAAAUUCCCACCGGGAUAACCGGAAGGGUAAGCGAGGAGGUCCCGACCGGCGCAAUCAUCCCUCUUCUGGCAACCGAACCUGCAAGAAAUGUGGCAAGUACCACAGUGGCGAGUGCUUAGCCGACCAACGAACCUGUUUCAACUGCAACCAUCCGGGCCAUUACGCCACAGCAUCAGCAGCCCCCACCGUUCCAGCAAAGGGCUGGGGUCAGGCCCGAGUCUAUACCAUCACCCAUGAUGAGGCCACCCGCAAUGCAGGUACCAUGUCCGGAAUGCUCUCGAUAUCCCAUGUGCCUGUCUUUGCUUUAUGUGAUACCGGUGCUACCCAUUCUUUUAUUUCUUCUCGUUGCUUGGAGGCUUUAUCUAUUGGCACCGUGCAUGCUUGUGAUCCUCUCGGGGUUAGUUUAGCCUCGGGAAAAAUUAUUAUCUCAAAUUCAGAGGUUCGCAAUCUUCAUAUCUGUAUUGGUGGUCGAGUUCUAGAGGCCGGCGUCUAUGUAAUUGAUAUGCGAGACUUUGACGUGAUCUUGGGCAUGGACUGGCUCACCCGUUACCGAGCCGAUAUCUGGUGCCAGGAGCGCGAGGUCACCCUUUAUCCCGUUCCCGAUCAGCCUGUUGUGUUCUUUGGGGUGAGUUCGAGGACUGUGCCUUGGGUCAUCUCUUCUAUGCAAGCUAGGAAGAGCCUUUCCAAGGGUAGCU